GGGGUAACUGAACUCUGGGGCAAUAACUCCUUCGACCUGCGGAUGGCGUCAAACGCAGUUUAGUGUUUCUGAAGAAGAAGAGAUGGUUGAACUAUUCGCCCGCAGGCUGCGGGCUGCGUUUCUUUUCACCAUGUUUUCCUUCCUGCUGUCUCGGGGUUGCUGUCAGCUUGUCACGGCUGCGAACCGCAGCUUUCCCUCCACAUUGGCUCCAGAUUUUCGGGCUUUUACAACCACCUGUCCAAUUUACGGGGAACUGUCCGAGAAUGCUUCACAGGUGAGCUACCCAGAACUGAAGACCAUGCUCUCAAGCAGCAACAUCCAGCUGUUUGAUGUGAGAACCCCUGAUGAGUUCCAGGCCGGUCGCAUCGCAGAGGCCGUCAACAUCCCAUUGGACACCCUGGAGGAGUCUCUGAAGCUUUCUCCUGAGCUGUUCCAGAAGAAGUUCGAAGUGAAGCCUCCUGGGAAGGAUGACAACAACACUGUGUUUUACUGCAGGAGUGGAAACAGGAGCGCCAAAGCGCUGGCCAUCGCCUACCAGCUCGGAUUCAGCAAGGUGAGACAUUAUAAAGGAGGCUACACAGAGUGGAUUGAAAAAGAAGGGAAAUGAAAUCAAGAGGCCUUUCCCCGUGGCGGUUACUUUAUAGGAAACUGCUCCAUAUGUUUAAUAUCUUCCAUAAAGAUAUGUGAUGAUUUAAAAACUCUGUCAUGAUCGAUGAUUGGAGGCUAAUUAAAACUUUUAAAA